CCGUGAGAAGUUAAGGCGCGUUGGGCAGGUGUAAAGAAUGUGUACCGCAAGGCUUCGUGCCUAGAGGUAUAUAAGAGGUAGCCACAUACUCUUUUUCACAUCCUGUUUCCUCGCCUAUCCUUCACAUUAUUUCCUAGACUGCGGUCAUCAUGAAGUUCCUUGGGGUCACUCUCGCCUCUCUAGGUCUGGCAUCCGCCGCCUCGGUCACGAAGAAGGUCAGCUACGACGACUGGAAGGUGUACCGCGUGAACGUUGGCUCCAACACAGCCAAAUUCAAUGACGUGGUGAGCAAGCUGCAACUCGAGACAUGGAAGGGCAAGCCCGCGUCCAGCGACGUAGUCGACGUCAUGGUCCCUCCCUCGCAAAUCUCGGACUUUGUGACAUCUACCGAAGGCAUCGAGACCAGGAUCAUGCAUGAGAACCUUGGCGUGUCUAUAGCUGACGAGGAGAGCUUUGGCGUGUAUGCUGCCGGCGUUGCUCCGGAUGCCACCUGGUUCAAUUCGUACCAUUCGAUCGCCGACCAUCACCAAUGGAUUACGGAUCUUGUAGCUGCAUAUCCUAGCAACGCUGAGGUUUUCUCUGCGGGUAAGUCUGUCGAAGGACGAGACAUCAAAGGCAUCCAUAUCUGGGGUAGCGGCGGCAAAGGAUCACAGAAGGGCGUAGUCUGGCACGGAACCGUCCACGCGCGAGAAUGGAUCACUACCAUGGUUGUCGAAUACGCAGCCUACCAACUGCUCACAAACUCCGCCUCCGCCGCGUUGAAGAACAAGUUCGACUACUACAUCAUCCCCAUUGUUAACCCAGACGGCUUCGCUUUCUCCCAAACAAGCGACCGCUUGUGGCGCAAGAACCGCCAGACCACACCAACUGCAUCUUGCGUCGGGCGCGACAUUAACCGCAACUGGCCUUCGCAUUGGGACCAGCGCGGCGGCGCCUCCACGUCGCCCUGCGCACAGGACUACAAGGGCCCAUCGGCCGGCGACGGCGUCGAGACCAAGGCGCUCAAAGCCCACCUCGACAGCGUCGCAGCAGGCAAGGGUGUACAGCUGUAUAUGGAUAUUCACUCAUACUCCCAACUUUGGAUGUACCCCUACGGCUGGACGUGCUCUGGCGUCUUGCCCAACGCUGCGAAAUACCAGUCGCUCACUCAAGGUGCUAUUGCAGCCGUCAAGGCGGUGCAUGGUACGCAGUUUACCGGUGGACCCAUUUGCAACACGAUCUACCAGGUGAGCGGCGAUAGUGUGGACUAUGCUUUCGAAGUGGCAAAGGCGAACUACUCCAUGACGGUUGAGCUACGGGAUACGGGGGACUUUGGCUUCGUUCUGCCGGCAAACCAGAUUGUUCCGAGUGGUGAGGAGACGUGGGCUGGGCUGUCUUAUCUGCUCAAGAAUAUCUAGAGUAGAUAGCUGUAGCGUAGAGACCUCAGAGUUGAUAUAGAUUGUACACCGUUGCCUAAGAUUGUGUUGGCGAGAAGAGUGCAUUGCUCUCUGAAAUUGUGCCUGUGGAAUUCUGCCGAACCAGAAAAAGGAUGAGUUUAUUACGUAUACAGAUUGACCUCGCCUAGGACGCAAGCCCUUCUCCUUCCACCCCUUUUAUAUAAAUAGAUACUCGUUUAUAUAUAAGACAAC